CCCACCCCACGCUUCCAUAGCCGGUGCUCCCAGCAACCUCCAGCCGAACUUCGGCCUUCGUCGACUGCCGGGCAAGUCCUAGCCACACUCACGCGGGGCCCAGUAAGCCAGGUCUUGCGAGCGCUGGACGAGUUGCCUACCCGACAACCCGUGCAAAGACCGCGAUAA